AUGAUGCCGACACAAGAUAUGGACAACAGGACAGAAUAUUAUAACAUCUAUGGAGCAUAUUUCGCCCCCUUAAGGUCGGGGGGCGAAAAGAUGCUGGGAGAAGGCUUGACUGGCGAAGAUCUGGAAAUGAUACCAGAGCACUGGUUCAAAUAUCCAGAGCCACCCGCUAGUGCACACACAGCCUUAUGUCUGCUUUACUGCUUCUUCACCGCAGCUGCCCUUAUUGGAAAUGGAAUGGUCAUAUUCAUAUUUGCCUCCACUAAAUCUUUACGUACAGCGAGCAACCUUUUGAUUCUCAAUCUGGCCAUCUUCGACUUUAUUAUGAUGUUAAAAGCACCGAUAUUCAUCUACAACAGUGCCAUGAAGGGCUUUGCAGCGGGGGCAAUGUGGUGUCAAAUAUUCGCGCUCAUGGGAUCCUAUAGUGGGAUUGGUGCGGGAAUGACAAACGCUUGUAUAGCUUACGACAGACAUUCGACAAUCACAAGACCCCUAGAUGGUCGUCUAUCGAGAGGAAAAGUCCUACUGAUGAUAGCAUUCAUAUGGAUUUACACGACACCAUGGUCUUUAAUGCCGCUGUUCAAAGUGUGGGGACGUUUCGUACCCGAGGGGUUCCUGACGUCCUGCACGUUCGAUUAUCUGACAACAUCGUUCGACAAUAAGUUAUUCGUAGCUUGCAUAUUCGUGUGCAGUUACGUUUUCCCGAUGACGUGCAUCAUAUAUUUCUACAGCGGCAUUGUAAAACAAGUGUUCGCUCAUGAAGCAGCUCUGAGGGAACAAGCUAAGAAAAUGAAUGUGGAGUCUUUGCGUUCGAACCAGAACGCCGCUGCUGAAUCUGCUGAAAUAAGAAUUGCGAAAGCUGCUCUCACCGUGUGCUUCUUAUUUGUGACAUCUUGGACACCGUAUGGCGUCAUGUCACUCAUAGGAGCUUUCGGCGACCAAAACUUGUUGACUCCAGGGGUCACCAUGAUUCCCGCAAUCACCUGUAAGGCUGUGGCUUGCAUCGAUCCAUGGGUAUAUGCAAUUAGUCAUCCAAAAUACAGGCAAGAACUUCAGAGAAGAAUGCCUUGGUUACAAAUUAACGAACCAGAUGACAACACCUCAAAUACUUCGAACACGACGACCAACAGUGCAGCCCCGGCGUGA